UUAACCCCUAGACGCCUGCAAGCUAGUAGCUGCAUUGUAGCAUGCAGUGGGUAAUGACAGGAAGGCUGUGCACACUUGGACAGAGUCACAUUAUCAGAGACGUGCUCACUCAGUUGCCGAGGUUUGUGUCUCGUCGAAACAUGUCGUCGUGUCAAACUAAACGGCCGGUUUCCUUACUGGGAACUAUGGCGUUCGGUGGACGAGCCGACGCCGAGCAGAGCCUGGACAUGGUGAAGACGUUCCUGGACAGGGGACACAACCGGGUGGACACAGCCUUCAUGUAUAUGGAUGGCAAGUCGGAGACGAUCAUAGGGGGCAUGAAUCUUCCGAAAACAGUAAGCAUGGCGACCAAGGCCAACCCCUGGGAUGGGAAGACGCUGAAGCCGGAGAGUGUGCGCUCUCAGCUGGAAACCUCCCUUCAGAGGCUGCAAACUGAUUGUGUGGACCUUUUCUACCUCCAUGCCCCGGACCACCAGAACCCAAUCCAGGACACCCUUAGGGCCUGCAAUGAGCUCCACAAAGAGGGAAAAUUCAAGGAGUUUGGUCUUUCAAACUAUGCAUCGUGGGAAGUGUCUGAAAUUGCCAGCAUCUGUAGACACAACAAAUGGAUUGUUCCCUCUGUGUAUCAGGGGAUGUACAAUGCCACUACAAGACAGGUAGAGAGCGAGUUGCUGCCAUGUCUGAGAUACUAUGGAAUGAGGUUCUACGCGUACAAUCCUCUAGCAGGUGGCCUUCUGACAGGAAAGUACCAUUACCAAGACAGAGAUGGUUCCCAGCCUGCGGGACGAUUCUUUGGUAACAACUGGGCUUCAGCAUACAGGGACAGAUACUGGAAGCAGAGUCACUUUGAGGCAAUAGACUUGGUACUGAAGGCCUUGGAAACGGCGUACGGCUCAGAGAAACCCUCGAUGACUUCUGCUGCCAUGCGCUGGAUGUACCACCACUCCCAUCUUAAGGGGGAUCUUGGUGAUGGAGUCAUCAUUGGCAUGUCAAGUAUAGAGCAACUUCAGCAAAACCUGGCUGCUGCAGAGGAGGGUCCUCUAGAUGAGAGAGUGGUCGCCUCCUUCAACGAGGCCUGGAAUCUCGUAGCACACGAGUGUCCAAGCUACUUCCGUUAAAGAGCCAAAAUCUGCCGGUUCAAUCAAAUUUCAUCCAAGAUAAUAGAAAAGAAAUCUAAUAAAGAUAUUUCCACUUACGUCCUUUUUUCUAAAAUCACACUAGGUUUUAUUUUUUAUGAAUGAAUCAAUUGAGACCAGUAAAUAAUGUCAAAAGCACUUCAUUGUUAAUGUACAAAUGUAAAAAUGAAAACUUUGAAGAUAUCUUUCAGGAAAAAAAACAUUUACUGCCUUAAUUACUUUUAGAAUAAAAAUUAAACCAAUUUUUCUCAGAAACAAAGUGGUUCUUUCACUUAAAAUUAGUUUAACACAUGAAAAUGUGCUCAUUUGUUUUGGGUUAAUGGCAAAAUACUUGCAUGCAAUACCAACAUUGGUAUUAGUAUACAUUUUUUACCAAAACAAGUGGCAUCCACAUGACUACUGAACAACAACUCAGUCCAAAGCUAUAUUCAUGGUGACGGACAGAAGUUCAUGUUUUGGGAGAGAAAUGGUACAGAGAAGAGAGAUGACAGACUCCAGAGUCAGCACCGGCAGUCAGGGCGACUGGUUUCCACAUCAAUGUCCCUCUGCUGUUGAAGGCCGGCAAAAACUACUUCUGCCCUUGCAGAUGUUUUCAUUCUGCAUCAUCUUUGUCGUCUUCCUCUUCAUCAUCAUCCUGCAUGGGCUCUACCUCACCAUCAAUCUUCUCAAACUCGCCUGUUUCUGAGUUCCACAUACAUUUGAUCUGCACCUUGAAUUCUGCCAUCUCGACGCCAAAGAGUUUCUACGGAGCCAAUUUGAGAAGAUCAGUCAGACAAAUGCAACACAGUUCUGGAUGUCACGGGCAAAAUGUUUUGUAGUCAAACAGUCCAGAACUCACCAGAAUACGAGCCUGCUCAGGAGUGAGCACAUCUCCCUCCUUACAGACUUCAUGCUCCUUCAGCAGUGUCACCACGCCUUUAAUAACACAUGAUACAAAACGGGAUUAUCACAUAUCCAACUAACUGAUAUGGACAAAAUUAUUCCUGUUAAGAGUGCCAAUGGUUAUUGUUCAGAGAAGAAAGGGGUUGCACUCAAACAUGUUUAAAGGAUGAGGCUAAUACUAGCCAACGCCAGAUAAAGCAAAUUCCUCUGUGCUAUAGAUUUCCAUUGUUGUCCAAAACUAUUAAAAACAGUGAGCCACACUGUUGCAGUGGGGAAGUCAGAAAACAAAGAAAUUGACUUUUACAUUGUUGAUUUUGGUCUUUAAGGGGGAUUUGUUGACAAAAGAGAUAAAUACAAUAAUGCCAGUCAUAACCUGUUAUUUUACCUUUCUUGAGAGCAGUAGGAAGUCCUAGUUGUCUCAGCUGGGGCUCCAUUGAGUGAGGAAACUGCUCAAGCGGUCCCUCGUCCAGAGUUGUGUUCAUCUGUGCAAGGUUGCCUGACCGUGCAUAAUCCAUCUCUUUGAAAUGAUCAAAAUACCUGUGGAUAGAGAAUAUAAUUUAGUUAACUAUUUAACAAUAUUUGGAGAAUAACUGAAAUUGUAGUGCAUUAAGUGAAGCACAACUUACUCUUGUACCUCAUCCUUUGUUUUAUUAGUGAAUAGCACUCCCACUUCCCCUCGUAGAUACUUGCUGACCUGCACAUUAUCAAAAGGCAGUAAACAAAAUUAAAAAAAUCAGUCUUUGCAAUAAAAUAUUACAUUUUCUGGCUGAUCACCACACUUAAGAUCGCACAUACCUUGUGCAAAUUAUCUUUGUAUUCGUCUGUUUCUCCUUUACCCAGGGCAACCCCCAUUACUUUGUUUUUGCCGAAGAAGAAUCUGUGAAAGAUGAGAGUUAAGCAUCUUUACUAAGACACGUGUUAAAUGCAUAUGUAACAAAUGAAUAAAUGAGCACACAGGUUACCUGCUGUGUUUCCAUGCUGUCCGGAUAUCUUUCAGUUUGUUAUUCCUCAUAUUGGCUACAGAGAAUACGAACAAGUGUCUGUACGUGUCCACACAUUUCCGAAACUAAAAACACAAACAGAUGAAGAGUUUAGA